GACUGGUCGGAAGGCGGAGAGGGAAGAUGGCGGCGCCGGAGGAGCGGGAGCUGAGCCAGGAGCAGACCGAAAAACUGCUUCAGUUCCAGGACCUUACUGGUAUUGAGUCAAUGGACCAGUGUCGCCAAACUCUGCAACAACAUAACUGGAAUAUUGAGGCUGCUGUUCAAGACAGAUUGAAUGAACAGGAGGGUGUUCCCAGUGUUUUUAACACUACCCCCAGCCGGCCAUUGCAGGUUAACACAGCGGACCAUAGAGUAUAUAGCUAUGUAGUAUCCCGACCACAGCCAAGGGGGCUUUUAGGAUGGGGUUACUACCUGAUCAUGCUUCCAUUCCGCUUCACGUAUUACACACUACUUGAUGUUUUUAGGUUUGCUAUUCGUUUUAUCCGGCCAGACCCACGCAGCCGAGUCACUGACCCAGUGGGAGACAUCAUUUCUUUUAUACAAGUGUUUGAGGAGAAAUAUGGCAGAAUACACCCUGUGUUUUACCAGGGAACCUACAGCCAGGCCUUAAAUGAUGCCAAACAGGAGCUGCGCUUCUUGUUAGUUUAUCUACAUGGUGAAGAUCACCAGGACUCUGACAACUUCUGCAGGAAUACACUCUGCACACCUGAGAUAACACACUUUAUCAACAGUAGGAUGCUGUUCUGGGCAUGUUCCACAAACAAGCCAGAAGGAUUUCGAGUUUCCCAGGCCCUACGUGAGAAUACCUACCCCUUUCUGGCCAUGAUCAUGCUGAAGGACCGCAGGAUGACAGUAGUAGGGAGACUGGAAGGUUUAAUCCAGCCACAGGACCUAAUUAACCAGUUGACUUUUAUAAUGGAAGCUAACCAGACCUACCUGGUGUCAGAGAGACUGGAGCGAGAGGAGCGAAACCAAACACAGGUGCUAAGACAACAGCAGGAUGAGGCUUAUUUGGCAUCCCUGCGUGCUGACCAAGAAAAAGAGCGCAAGAGGAAGGAAAAGCAGGAGCAGAAGAGGAGAGAGGAGGAAGAGGCACAGAUGAGACAACUGGCAGAAGAGAGGAAGAAACGGAAUUUGCAGGAAGAGAAGGAACGCAUAUCUGAGUGUCUUCCUGCUGAACCCCAGCCAGACCAUCCUGAUACUUUGAAAAUUAUUUUCAAGAUGCCAAACGAUACAAGGGUGGAGCGGCGGUUCCUUUUCACUCAAUCGCUAUCGGUGAUUCACGAUUUCCUCUUCUCCCUGCAAGAGACACCAGAGAAGUUCCAGAUAGUGGCAAACUUUCCGCGUCGGGUGCUGCCGUGCCUUCCCACCGAGGAAGUCCCCAUGCCUCCUACACUUCAGGAGGCUGGACUCAGCCGUUCACAGCUCCUGUUUGUACAGGAUCUCACAGAUGAAUGACAUUAAAUAUAUAUAAACAUAUAUAUUUUUUUGCUUCCCAACAAAAUUGGGAAUGAAGGAAAGAAAAAAGAAAAAAAAAAUGCAGGUAGGGAGAAAUGAGAUACCUAAUCUCAUUAAUAACAUUAUUUUUUUUAAUGACUGCUGCUACUGACUUUGGAUCCUGGCGACCUUGCCUAGACAGGGAAGGGGGGGGGGGUAGGCAGUGUGUAGCAGUGGCUUGUUUGUUAUUUUCCCCCAUUGGAAGGGGACAAAGGCCAAGUGACCAUGAACUGAAAAGUGCAAGGAGAUGUUGCAGGGUUCUAUAUGUAUUUUUUUUUUGUCUCUCGAACUGACAUAUUGUUCCUCCUCUGGGAGGGAACCUUGCAUCCCUCUCCACCAUGGCAAAAGAAGAAAAUCUCUACGGAAUUACACACAUUCAUCCUAGCAGGUGGUGGUGUGGUAAACUGUUGUUGGGUGUAUUUCGUUUUAUUUUUCUGAGGAACAAGAGGAAUAUCAUUUCCUCAUACUGUAUAAAACACCCUUUUCCUUUUAAUUUUUUUUUUCUUGCUUUCUAAAAGACCAAAGGAGAGAGAUUGGCAGCUGUCAUUGUACCUGAUACAAGCAACUUUCAACUGAUCCUGCGUGUAACUAAGCGUGUGUGAUGGAUCUCGCUUUGGGACAGGGGAUGAUUAUCAACCCCUUGUAGUGUAAUAAAGGCAAUAUAUAGUGACUGGUCUCCCUGCUUAGAUGCCUUCUCUCGUCACUAGUAUUCUAUAUGUCCUGACUGGACUAUAUUCCAGAUUAUAAUUUAUUCCAAAUAUAAAUUAAAACAUUUUAGAAUUUU